AAGCCAUCGACACUCUUUUUCUCUGUCCGCCGAUGGCGAAGCAGCAGAGCCGGGAGCAGGGCAUCACUUUGCGGGGUAGCGCCGAGACUGUGGCCGAGUUCUUUUCAUAUGGCAUCAAUAGUAUCUUGUACCAACGUGGGAUCUAUCCUGCUGAAACCUUUACACAUGUUCAAAAAUAUGGACUAACUAUGCUUGUAACUGCAGAUGCUGGACUUAAAAACUAUUUGAACAAAGUAGUGGAACAGCUAAAAGAGUGGCUCUACGAAUGCUUAGUUCAGCGACUAGUGGUAGUGAUCUCUAGCAAGGAAACCAGUGAAGUUCUUGAAAGGUGGCAAUUUGACAUUAAAUGUGAUAAAACUGCAAAGGAUGAAAGUGCACCAAGACAGAAGUCUCAGAAAGCUAUACAAGAUGAAAUUAAGUCUGUUAUCAGACAGAUAACAGCCACUGUAACAUUUCUUCCUCUGUUAGAAACUGCAUGUGCAUUUGACUUGCUCAUUUUCACAGACAAAAACUUGGAAGUUCCAGAGAAGUGGGAAGAGUCAGGCCCACAGUUCAUUGCUAACUCUGAAGAAGUUCGUCUUCGUUCUUUCACAACUACAAUACACAAAGUCGACAGUAUGGUAGCCUACAAAAAGGACAGCUUCCCUUGACUUAAGCAGUUAAUAUUGUACAGAAUAGUCCUCUUGUCAAUUUCCUUAACCAACAGUUUUUCCACAAAUCUAUUCUAGUUUGGAUGAAAAUAGCAGGAAAAAAUCACUUUAGAUAUGAGUCCACAAUUUGCAAUCUGGGUAUUGCCCCUUAAAAGAUGGAGAGACUUUGUGUCUAAGCUAUAUUCUAAGUGUAUGUCAAAUACUCUAAACCCUGUGACAUAUCAGCUUGGUUCAGAUAAGCAACAAAAUUUCAUCAGAACAGGAUAUAAUCUUUUAAAAUACUGAGUCUUCCAGCUAAAUUAAAACAUGCUCUUGAAAAUAUAUUGUGGAUUUAUUGCUGAGAAUCCUGAGUCUGUUCUUAUAAUGUGCAA